GGCGCAAAAUAUUGUUGUUGUUUCUGACUACAAUUUCAAUGGCAAAAUUCCAAUCAAUUCAGCUCUCAGGACAAUCUAUUAAAGAUGCCCUAGUCGAGUACACAAUUCUCGAUAUCAUGAACAACAAUCAAUUCGAAGGCAUUGAAUUUGAUUAUGCAGAAGACGGCUUUCCAGCGUAUAAAUUCCUACCCAUCGCUGAUGUCAAGUCGCCGUAUCGCUUGUUCCUGCCAGAGAAGUUGUAUGAAUUUGCAAUUAUGGCGUCGUUUAGCCCGAAUUCACCCAAGGGCGGUUAUCUAUUCAGUGUGGUGAAUCCAUUGGAUACGGUUGUGCAGUUGGGCUUACAUUUAUCACCUGCGAUAAAAGGCAUGUGGAAUGUGUCGCUGCUGUACACACAAUCCGAGAGUAAUACGAUACGGAAACUAGUCAGCUACCAUCUACCCUACAAGGGCAAAACCUGGUCGAACAUCGCCUUUCAAGUGCUAAGCGAUAAAGUCGUCUUUUAUCACAAUUGUAAAGAGACCGAAACCACAUUAAUUUCUAAGGAGCCCAUGGAGCUUGUUUUCGACUCCGCAUCCACUUUGUAUGUGGGACAAGCUGGCCCAAAUCUCGGCGGAAAUUUCGAG